AGCGGGCUGCUUGAACUGGGAGAAACAGAAUUGGACAAGAGCCGCCGCCCUCAUGUGUCGGAGUCGGAGUAUAUUCAGCGCUCUGUAUAUCCCUACCUUUCGAGCCAGACCCUUGUGUGCGACCAACCAGUUUGCUACUCUCCGAUUCCGGUGCCAGGUAUACGAGCUCCAGCGCAGGAGGUACGCUGCUACCCCGCAAGACGUCGAGAACACGAACGUGAGCCACGCAAAGUUCAUCGCCGAGGCGUCGUCUUCGUCGAAAUGGAAGGAAGGCCAGGAGAAGGGGAGUAAGGGCAAGGGUGGGAUGCAGCCCACAGGCGAGGACUUUGACACGCUCGCGGAAGGAAAAGGCAAGCUUUCCCCGACGUCCUCGCACCUCUUCAAGCUCAUUCUCCCCCUCGGCUCGCUCAACGUCCUCGCCAACACCACCCACGCCACGCCUCCGCCGCCGACCGUCUUCCUCCUGCACCCCUCCCAGCCUUUAUCCCACGCGGGCAGGCUAAUAGCCGCCUCCCUCGCGCCUGCGUCUCCAGACAUCGCGUUCCGCAGCAGGAACAGCACGAGGGGCCAGAUGUUCCAGUGGAGCGACGCGACGGACGUGGGCGAUUUUAUCAGGGACGCGGCGCGCCAGGCGGAGUUCGAGAUCUGUAUCACCGUGCCUAAGAGCGGGGAAGGUGAGGCGGAGGAGACGGUCAUCAAGGUGGAAGUGCCCACCUUUGCAGACCGCACGCGCUUCCUCCGGCGCCGGCUCGACGCGAUCACGCGCGAGCUCGAGCGCAUGGAGGGGCUGAAGCGGGAGUGCGAUCGCGAGGCGCACCGCGGGGCGCGCAGGGUUGCGCUGGGCGGAUUCGCGAUGCUCGUGGUGUAUUGGGGUGCCGUGGCGCGGUUGACGUUUUGGGAUUAUGGGUGGGAUAUCAUGGAGCCGAUCACGUAUCUCAGCGGGCUGUCGACGGUUAUACUCGGGUAUCUGUGGUUCCUCUUCCAAGGCCGCGAAGUCUCGUACUCGUCCGUGCUCCACCAGUCCAUCUCCGCGCGGCGCGAUGCCCUCUACAAGGCGCGCGGGUUCGAUAUCGACCGGUGGGUCGACCUCACGAACGAGGCGCGCGCCAUCAAACGCGAGAUUGGCAAGAUCGCGGAGGAUUAUGAGGAUAGGAGAAACGGGAAUGGUGGAGGAGCUGAGGGGCAGGGGGAGGGGGAGGGGGAGACGGAGGAAGAGAAGGGGGAGAGGGAGAAGGAGAGGGUGGAUAAGGUGGAUCGGUUUGAGGAGGGGCCGGUCAUGGGGGAUGGGGAGGAUGUGGGAGGAAAGGAGGGAAGGAGGACGUAGGGUGGGGGUUGGGAUAUCGUGAUAUUUUAUUACACGACAUAAGUUUGGGAUUACCUUGCAUACACCGAGAGGACCAUUAGAGACAGAUACGUAUAGCAUACAUACACGGAUUACACAGCUUGUAGCCUAUCGAAUAUAAUAGCGAAGAUGAUAUAUUAUCUACUGAAAGUGAAGGGA